UGUAAUAAUUUUGCAUUUCAAUUCCAAUUUUUUAAGCUAAAACCCUAAUCUGCUGAAUCAUACCCUAAAAGCUUAUAUGCUUGAUAAUUGACACAAAGUUACUUCUCCGAUUCAAUUAAGCUUGAGUGGCAGUUCUUCAUUUAGUACUCGAACAGAAUUGGGGAUCAUAAUGGAGUGCGUGGUUCAGGGAAUCAUAGAGACUAAGCAUGUUGAGGCACUGGAGAUUCUCCUUCAAGGACUCUGUGGCGUUCAUCGUGAGAGUUUGAGGGUUCACGAAUUAUGUCUGAAAAGUGUCCCAAAUCUCGGAUUAGUAUCAUCGGAAAUCCGACUCCUAUGCGAUCUCGAGCAACCCGAACCGACAUGGACUGUGCGACACGUUGGUGGUGCACUGAGGGGAGCUGGAGCGGAUCAAAUCUCUGUGCUUGUGAGGAAUAUGAUGGAAAGUAAAGUAAGCAAGAACGCGCUUCGAUUAUUCUAUGCUCUUGGAUACAAGCUCGACCACGAGCUACUGAGAGUUGGGUUCACCUUCCAAUUCCAUAGAGGCGCUCAGAUAACAGUGACAGUUUCUUCGGUUAAUAAAAUGCUGAAACUGCAUUCGACCGACGAAGCAGUGCCGGUUACACCAGGUAUACAGCUUGUUGAAGUGACUGCCCCUGCUUCGUCUGAGAACUAUACCGAAGUUGUUGCUGCUAUGUCUUCCUUUUGUGAAUAUCUUGCUCCGUUACUGCAUCUAUCGAAACCCGGUGUCUCAACUGGAGUUGUUCCAACAGCUGCCGCAGCUGCCGCAUCUCUAAUGUCGGACGGUGGAGGAACGGCACUCUAAUGUUGUAACAAUUUUUUAUUUUAUUUUAAUUAUUUCUUUAAUCGAAAAAAAAAGACACAAUGUACCAUGAGAACGUGUAACAUUUUUUUUUUAAAUUUUUUUUAUGAUUAUGAGCUGAGAAGGGUGGGUGGGGGGCUUGAAUAUUUGAAAGGGCAGAUGAAGAUUAAUUUCAAUUGAUUGGGCCCAGAUGGCCACGUGAUUAUUUGGAUUGGUGCUGAGUGGUAAUACUUGUUACAAUUGGUGGCUGUGGUUUAUAGUAAUCUUCAUUUUCUUCCACUC